CUUAAGGAAUGAGCUAUGACACCAGAAUACUUAUUCUUUAAUUUCAGGAUUUUUGACAAUGAAAUAUUGAAGAAUGACUGGAGUUCCAGGAAAAAGGUUCAGAUAAUCCAUUAUGUGAUGCUUAAGUGGGGAUUUGCUCUUCUUAUUGGAUUAGGUACUGGAUUGGUUGGCUUCUUUAACAGUUUUGCAGUUGAGAACAUAGCUGGUUUCAAGCUGUUUAUGACCACCAGUCUCAUGUCUAAACACAGAUAUCUUGAUGCUUUCUUAGCAUAUGCUGGUGCGAAUAUGUGUUUAGCUGCAGCUACUGCUGCACUUUGUGCUUUCAUCGCUCCAGCAGCUGCAGGCUCUGGCAUUCCAGAGGUAAAAGCAUAUCUCAAUGGCGUGGAUGCUCAACAUAUAUUGGCUCCAAGCACCCUUUUUGUAAAGGUGAAUAAUACUACAAUACUAGGAGCAAGUCUACCCUUUUUGCAUAAACACACAGAUAAAAAUUGAAUAACUCCUUGAACAAAUGAAAAUUAGCCAAUGUCCCAGUUUUCUAUUUCAGAUAAAAGAAUUUUAGCGAAGAGUGAAUAUUAUUUCGUUAGUAAAAGCCUUUUAUUAUAUUUUUUUUUUCUUGGAAAGGGUUCAAUGCACUGCAGGAUAUAUU